CCCACCAUGAAUCUCGUCCCCUCUACACUCCCCGGCUCAAACCACCGACCUACCGCACAGAAAUGGCCUCAGCAGAACUAAAGGAGCCCGAAAAGGCUCUGAUAGUCGGUAUCUCGGGCCCUUCGUCCAGCGGGAAGACCACCCUAGCUCGACUCCUGCAGCGCAUCUUCAACGGGGUCUCUCUGGAUUCGUCCUUGCCCUCAAGCUCAAGCUUAAGCUCAAGCUCAGCGCAAGACGAUACCAAUGGCGACGACAACGGCGACAAGCUAAACACGUUCAUUAUCCAUGAAGAUGACUUUUACUAUCCAGAUGAUCAAAUCCCAUACACAACGACCCCCUCGGGCAAGACGGUCCAAGAUUGGGAUACCUCCGCCGCAAUAGAUACUUCCUUCCUCGCCCAGGCACUCUCCUACGUCCGUGUACACGGACAUCUCCCACCGCGACUACAAAGCAAAGAAGAUCAGAACGAGGAUGCGGGACCCUGCGUGCCGGAUCUACUAGUUACGGAGCUUCGAAGGGAAGUCGAACGACGGAUUGCAUCUGCAGCUGCAGCAGCAGCAGAACAGGGAUCUAAACGGGAGACUUUGGUCUUUAUGGAGGGGUUUUUGUUGUAUGCCCCGCCGGAGGGAUUCGAGUAUAAAACCACGACCAAGACCAAGGCCGAGGAUGUGGAUGUGGAACAGGGGGUUGAUGACCAUUAUCCGACGGACCAUAAUAUCUUAAGACCAGUUCAUGCGCAUAUCGGACUGCCUCUUUUCUUGCCCGCGCCCUAUUCAACCGUCAAGGCGCGGCGGGAGGGAAGGAGUGGAUACGUUACUAUCGGACCCGCGCCGGAACCGCCCACGACGGCAGUGAACUCGCCGCACGAGAAGAAAGAGCAGGGGGAAGAGAGGGAGGUUGAUUUGGAGGGUGAAGAUGACCGACCGCCGCAGAAUUUCUGGACAGAUCCGCCCGGGUAUGUGGAUGAUAUUGUGUGGCCGAGGUAUGUGCGUGAUCAUGCUUGGUUGUUGAUUGAUGGGGAUGGCCAGGGGGAGAAGGAGCAGGAGGGAGACAUCGUCCAGCGUGUCGGCGAAGGUGUUGAUGUUAGGCAUGAUGUUGGUGUUAAGGUUGCGCCGGGCAAGGGGGCGGUUAGCAUGGAGGUUGUGUUGAGGUGGGCUGUAGAGGAGGUAAUGGCUUUUUAUUUGGGAAGAGAGUAGUGGUGUGUUGCAUAGAGUGUAUAUAGGAUAUUUUAUAAAGCUUCCGCCCCAUGGUACUAUGUUUUGUUGUCU